CCCUCCACCAUUGAAGAAGAAGUGAGGAGGAAGCAGAAGGACGCGCAGUGCCUUUGCAGCAUCCCAGUCACAUUCAGAGAGAGAGAGAGAGAGAGAGGCUGUAACCGCUCAGCUGCUGGUAGAGACAGACGCUUCCUCCAGUACUGACUGCAGGGCACUGACAGCAGGCGCAGCCCACCCCUGAUUCCCACUAGGAUCUUCUCUUCCCUUUUGGAGACCCUCUCCACCCCCACAUCCAGCAGCCAUGGCAGAUGACGCGGACAUGCGCAAUGAGUUGUCAGAUAUGCAGCAACGCGCCGACCAGCUGGCUGAUGAGUCACUGGAGAGCACUCGCCGUAUGCUGCAGCUGGUGGAGGAGAGCAAAGAUGCUGGAAUCAGGACUUUGGUUAUGCUGGACGAGCAGGGGGAGCAACUCGAUCGUGUUGAGGAGGGCAUGAACCAUAUCAACCAAGACAUGAAGGAAGCCGAGAAAAAUUUAAAAGAUUUAGGGAAAUGCUGUGGGCUUUUCAUAUGUCCAUGUAACAAAAUGAAGAGUGGAGCCAGCAAGGCUUGGGGGAACAACCAGGAUGGGGUUGUGGCCAGCCAGCCUGCCCGUGUGGUCGACGAACGUGAACAGAUGGCCAUCAGUGGAGGCUUUAUCCGCAGGGUAACAGACGAUGCCCGGGAAAAUGAGAUGGACGAGAACCUGGAGCAGGUGGGAGGCAUUAUCGGCAACCUGAGGCACAUGGCCUUGGACAUGGGCAACGAGAUCGACACACAGAAUCGCCAGAUUGACAGGAUCAUGGAGAAGGCUGAUUCCAACAAGACUAGAAUCGACGAGGCUAACCAGCGCGCCACAAAGAUGCUGGGCAGUGGCUAGACGCCCCGAACCCAGAGCAUGAUCUUCCUGGCGUCCUGCGCCACACAUCAACCGGCGCUGACAUGCUUUCAUCAUGGUAUUGACCUUCUAGGUUUGCACACAUGCACAUAUCACCUCCCCUUCCUCGAUUUAAAUGUCGUUCCGUGUUGUCUGUCGAGCUUUUUCAAGAUGAUUGUCCUCGUAAAAAGAUGAUUUCUUAUACUCCGUAUAUCAUUCUUUCCAAAGGUUGUAUAUAGUGCUGACUUGAUGGCUCUCUAGCUGACUUGUGAAGUUUUUAUUCUCUUUAUCUCUCUAUCUUGCUCUACACACACAAACAUAUAUAUAUAUAUAUAUAUAUAUAUAUAUAUAUAUAUAUAUAUAUAUAUAUAUAUAUAUAUAUGAGAUAUAAUACACUGCUCUGGAUGAUAAGUAUAUAAUAGGAAUGCUAAACAAGCUGUUUGUUUUCUUCUUUUCCUUUCCAGUAUCUCAGUAUUGUCUUUGUAAAGCUAUGUCAUUCCAUUUAGGCUACUGUCAUGCUCCUUAUUUGGUGUUGUCACGACAACAGAGGGGACAAGAGUGAUUAAAAGACAUCUGUAAUGUGAUGAUGAUGAUGGUAACCAUGCAGCAGUACAGCUAAAAGAGAUUGCAAAGAGCACUUACAAUCAAAAAGAAGACAGUUGCUGAUACAUUUUUCCUUAAUUGCAAUCAUACUGAGUUACUGUUUAGACAAUGUGCAACUAGACUCUCUGUAGCUGUAUUAGACAUUGCAUUCCAAGUGAUGUGAAUUGUGCGUUCUCUGCAUGACAAAUGGUAGUUUUUAGUCUCAUUAAUAAAACCUGUCUGAAAAAUAUAUAUAAAAAACAAUAACACGGCAGUAGCAAAUUGACAAGACGCAUGCUCAGUAUUAGGACACAGUUGUUCGUUCCAUACUCCUGCAAGUUUGCAAUAGUGCCACUUUUUCUGUCUCGAUAUAUUUACCGACUGUGACCAUCUUGUUGUACAAUAAAUGCAAAGGGGAUCAAAAAAGGUGAGAUAAAGGUGAAGAAAAUAUGAGGACUUUGGGGUUGUGUUGCAAAAAAAAAUGACCUGUUUUCUAAACAAUUAUGCAGUUCAUUGAUGAAGAUGUUGAUUAUGUGUUGAAAGAGGAGGACUGGCUGUGUACUGUAUCAUAGGUUUUGGAUGCUCUGAAAAAAAAAAAUAAAAGUUUGCAAUGUAAAGCAAAGACACAAUAUUUCUGAGAGACCUUACUUUUAUAAGAAGACUGUAUCUGUAAGUUUAUUCUCCCUGUGUGGUUUGUUAUUGGUAAAAUACAGGUAUUAAUAAAUGACAAUAACUACACCUUAAAACUAAACAAAAAAAUACCAAGUUUUCUUUCCCUUUUUUUUUUUAUUACUUUUGCUUCUGUACUUUAGAGCUAUGCACACCAAAUCGCCAAAAUGUUCCGUAGUUCCAGUAAGGUGAAUAAAAACCCUAAACCUGAAUGACCCAAUAGGAUCAACUGUGAGAUUGAUGUCCUCGAUGCAUGUCAUAGUAAAGACUCCCUCUCUGUAUCCUGUCAGUGUGUGCAGUGGUGGACAUUUUGUAGCUAGCUGAAUUUAUUAAAAGUAAUGAACCCUA